AUGGCGUCCAGUUUCCCGUUUAUCUCAGAGCGCGAUAAAGUUGGCGAUCCUCCCAUGAGCGCAAUGAAUUUCGAAAACCCGCGCCUUCGACGAUUCCCCCAUCCGAAAAGUCUGAGGUUGACGAAGCGCCUGGGAUCUGGUCAAGAUGGAUUCGUCUUCAAGGCUCGUGGCUACCACAACGAAACGCUGGCAGUCAAGAUUUUCAAACCACGUACACCAGAAUGGUACUGGGCCUUUGAGCGAGAAUGCGUCAAUGCGGCGCUCCUGGACAUGAUCAACGCCAGUCUCCGACGUGCCGCAGCGGACGGCCGCAAGAAACUUGUCAUUCCCGAUCCAAAAAGCCGCGAAGAGGCCUUCAAGAACCUAUUUUCCUUCUCCGACGAAGCCAAUACGGGCGAGCUUUGCGAGGCCAGACUCGUUCCAAUUUCCGCCGACGUGCAGAUUACUGCCUGUCUGGGCUGGAUCGAGUUUCAAGGGCGCGCCAUCAACAAGCAGCUCAAAAGGGCGCGAAUUUGCGAUCAAGAGGCUAUGAUCGACGAACAAUCCUACUACGCAAUCGUCUACGAGUUCGUGCCGCAAGACGAGCUGGAUAUCGACACUAUCGUCGCCCAACACGACUUCUUUCACAUCAUCGGCUUCCACGUCGUGCCCUUUCGCGAAUCGAAUUGGCAAUCGUGUGGACGGCUCGUCGACUUCUCUGACCUUGUGUCCCCUCACGCGGGCCCGCCGGAAUGGAACUCCGACUACUACGCGCGCGAUCAGGAGAGUUUCCCGCGGCGCAUGGCCAUGCACUCAGGAUCCUCGCAGAAGCUAUUCCAAGAAGCCUCCGCCUCCAUCACCAGGUUUUGGUGUGAAGCGGAAGAGCUGCGAAAGCAUCACUUCAACAUUUGA